GGGGGAACUAACAAGUUUUACACCAAUAUGAAUAUUGGACAUGUGUAUCUGAUCGUCAUUGUUGUAACUUGUAAAAAUUAAAUUAAAUAAUCAGUGAAGGAUGCUAUCAAAAUACAACUGGAAAUGAAAAGGAAAUCAAAAAUUGAAAGCCAACUUGUUCAACGUGCCUAGCAUAUGUAUAGCAGGCCCAAUCAAAUCCUAAUCCAGUUACUUUUAGUUCCAUCUUUCUAAUUGUUGAGAUUAUUGUAAAAUUAUACCAAAUCUUCUUCUACUAUAAAAGACCGUAGUCGUCCCUUCUUUAUUUUGCGCAACUUAUUCAGUUCAAUUAUACAUCUUGUUGCUGGCUUGGCUUGAUUGCUUAAUUAGCAGCCCAAAAUGUCAACCCCAAUGAAGACGAUGACCUCCUCGAUUGAAAUAAAUCUGGAUGGAGAUGUUUUGCACGAAAUCUUCAGAGACAGACCACAUAACUUAGCUACUAUUUGCCCAAGCUUUGUUGAGGGAUUUGAGUUGCAUGAUGGUGAGUGGGGGAAAGCGGGAACAGUUUUCUUCUUCAAAUUUAAUCAUGAUGGACAGAAGCUAACUGCGAAAGAGGUAGUUGAGGCCAUUGAUGAUGCAAAGAAAUCAAUGACAACAAGAGUGAUUGAAGGAGAUAUAUUGGCACUGUACAAGACCUUUGUCAUAAGUUACGAGGUGGAUCAAGUUGGUGAGAACAAACACUUGGUUACAUGGACAUUCCAGUAUGAGAAAGUAAAUGAGAGCAUCCCAGAACCUGAUUCGCUCAUGGACUUCUGCCUUAAUGCGACUAAGGAAAUUGAGGCUUAUCACCUCAAAUGAAAUCGAACCACGAGGAACUGUGAUAUUGAUCAAGUAAUUAAUUAUCUUUAUCUUAUAGUGUGAAUAAAUUUGCUUGUUGGUUGAUACUAUGGCUCUUGUUUUGUAUCAUCUGGAUUUAGGAAAAGGAAGAAUAUGAUAAUGGAAGAAAAAAAAUUGAAAAAGAAAAUGAUGCGAUGAAGAAUGUGACAUUUAUAUUUGUUUGAUAAGGUGAUGGUGUACUCGGUAAAAUAAUUGGAUAAAUAGCAUAAAAAGUCAGAAGUUCUAUUAUACAAUGCUUGAACUUAAUUUUAAAUUUGUCGAAAUCAGAUUUGUUCCGUGUUAAAGUUGUAAUAAGUAUAAUUUGCAAUAUGACUACAAGAUGUCAAUAGAAAAAUAUACUCCCUCUGUCCCAUAAUUAUUGUCCAGUUUGGAUUCUCAUUUUUAGUAUAAUUUAUACUAAAAAUGAAAACUCAAAGUGAACAAUAAUUUUGGGACGGAGGAAGUAUGUUUGACUGUGGAUGUGUUUAUUAUUUACUCUAAUAUUCCCACAAAAUAAACUUACAUUGCAGUUUGUGAAUAGUAUUAGUUCUUUCGGUUUUAUUAGCCUUACACUUCUAUCAAAUAACGCUUGAGUUUUGAACGGUCAUUUCAAGAUGAAAGUAAUAUAUAUAUAAAUAUUUCCUGAUAUUCGCAGAUAAUAAUUUUCAAUAAUCCAGUAACUUAUGAUUUCUUUAGUCUACACAAUCUCUUAGUCAACACUUCUUUUUUACCCAAAAAAAAGGCAAUUGUCAAC